CCUCAGACGACGGAGUUAGGACUUGGAGAACGUAAUUCUCCAAAGUAAUCAUAUAAGAAGUCGGUGUCGUGUAUAUUUCUUUAAUACAGCCUAAUAAGUUUUUUUUUUAAAUUUACAGUGAUUUUUAACGUUUCAGUUAUAAUGAAGGAGACCACGGCUAAGCGACGUGAGAAACCCAAAGAGUCCAAGGUAGAGCAGCAGAAAGAUGCGGGCCCCGAGCCGCAGGACGUUGAGAUGCCGGACGAGGAUGCUGCUAAUUCAGCGAAGCCGCCCAAGGAGGUCGACGCUCUCACCCUCGAAGAUAUCAAGGAGCAUGUGAAACAGAUAGAGAAGGCAGUGUCUGGGAAAGAGCCACGUUUUGUGCUACGCGCUCUGCGGGCGCUGCCCUCCACCAGCCGCCGACUAAACUCCAAUGUGCUGCACAAGGCUGUCAGUGGCUUUUAUACCAACAACACUACUGCCAAGGACUAUCUGUUGGGCUUCCUGGAAGAGCCCAUGGAGACAACAGAGGGUGAGGUCCAGUUCCGGCCUCGGACAGGGAAGGCAGCCUCCACUCCUCUCCUGCCUGAGGUGGAGGCCUACCUUCAACUCCUUCUGGUGGUCUACCUUACUAACAACAAGAGAUACACUGAGGCCCAAAAAGUGUCGGACGACCUGCUUCAGAAGAUCGGCUCCCAAAACCGUAGAGCUCUGGAUUUGGUGGCUGCUAAGUGUUACUACUACCAUGCACGGGUGUACGAGUUUCUCAACCAGCUAGACACCAUCCGCAGUUUCCUCCACACCCGCCUGCGCACGGCCACGCUGCGUCAUGAUGCAGAUGGCCAGGCUGUCCUGUUGAACCUCUUGCUGAGGAACUACCUGCAGUUCAACCUGUAUGACCAGGCAGAAAAGUUGGUCUCCAAGUCAGUGUUCCCUGAGCUGGCCAACAAUAACGAGUGGGCCAGAUACCUCUACUACACAGGUCGUAUUAAAGCCAUCCAGUUGGAAUACUCGGAGGCCAGGCGAACACUUACCAAUGCCCUGAGAAAGGCCCCGCAGCACACUGCUGUCGGCUUUAAACAGACGGUCCAUAAGCUGCUGAUUGUCGUGGAACUAUUGCUGGGGGAGAUUCCAGACAGGCUUCAGUUCAGACAGCCCUCACUAAAGAGAUCCCUUAUGCCUUACUUCCUCCUCACACAAGCUGUGAGAACAGGUAACCUGGCCAAGUUUAACCAGGCUCUGGAGCAGUUUGGAGAGAAGUUCCAGACAGAUGGCACUUACACACUCAUCAUCCGUCUCCGACACAAUGUCAUCAAGACUGGGGUACGCAUGAUCAGUCUGUCCUACUCUCGGAUCUCUCUGGCCGACAUCGCUCUUAAACUGCAGCUAGACAGUCCAGAGGAUGCCGAGUUUAUUGUAGCCAAGGCUAUUCGCGAUGGAGUCAUUGAGGCCAGUAUCAACCAUGAGAAAGGUUUUGUCCAGUCUAAGGAAACCAUGGAUAUCUAUGGAACCAGAGAACCCCAGCUAGCCUUUCAUCAGAGGAUCUCCUUCUGCCUGGACAUUCACAACAUGUCUGUCAAGGCCAUGCGGUUCCCCCCGAAAGCCUACAACAAAGACCUGGAGUCCGCAGAGGAGCGCCGGGAGCGUGAGCAGCAGGAUCUGGAGUUUGCCAAAGAAAUGGCUGAGGACGACGAUGACAGUUUCCCAUGAUCUCACCCAUUACUUCCUGCUUCGUGUAUGGGCAGGAUAGUGUUUUCUGUGUCUGUACUGUACUGUUAGCAGAUCAUCAAACAACUCACAAUACCUUUCUCUACCCCCAAUUUUUUUUUUUAUGUUUUUUUUUUGGCUUGUAUACUUGCCUUACCACCGCACUGUAAACUGCCCACCGAACACUCUUAACUUCUUAUCCUUGAAACAGUCUAUAUACUCUUCUAUAGCAUGUGUUGGGUGUAUCUGUGCUGAGUAUGACAUGGGGUUGAAAAAAAUAAAAUGAGUUCCAUUUUG